CUAGCCUUAUGAAACGCUGACUACUGCCACUCCCUACGCCAGUGGACCCGUAGUCUCGAUCCGCCCUCGCAGCUCAUUGAAACUCUGUCGAGCUGGAUGAGAGACGAGCCGACGCGCAUUCUCCCGGAUCUCUGAAACAGCGGGGAAGGGAUAAAAGCGGACACCCGUUUUCAUUCUGAAGUCUGACACGGGAUUGCACGUUUUCUUACAAGGGAUUGGAUUGAAAAGGGAAUUAAACUCGCAUAAAGAGGGGGGGAACAUGUCCAAAAUGGAGGUCAAGACGUCACUUCUCGACAACAUGAUCGGGGUGGGCGACAUGGUCCUGCUGGAGCCCCUAACUGAGGACUCCUUCAUCGACAACCUGAGGAAGCGCUUCGACCACAACGAGAUCUACACCUACAUCGGGAGUGUGGUCAUCUCCAUAAACCCCUACAGGGCUCUGCCCAUCUUCACCCCGGACAAAGUGGAGGAGUACCGCAACCGCAACUUCUACGAGCUGAGCCCCCACAUCUACGCCUUGGCAGAUGAGGCCUACCGGUCCCUACGAGACCAGGACAAAGACCAGUGCAUCCUCAUCACCGGGGAGAGUGGCGCGGGGAAGACAGAGGCCAGUAAGCUGGUGAUGUCGUACGUGGCGGCCGUGUGUGGGAAGGGCCAUGAAGUGAACAAGGUGAAGGAGCAGCUCCUGCAGUCCAAUCCCGUGCUGGAAGCUUUUGGGAAUGCCAAGACUGUGAGGAACGACAACUCGUCUCGAUUCGGGAAGUACAUGGACAUCGAGUUUGACUUCAAAGGGGACCCCUUGGGCGGAGUCAUCAGCAACUAUCUUCUUGAGAAGUCUCGAGUGGUCAAGCAGCCCAGAGGGGAGAGGAACUUCCACAUCUUCUACCAGAUCCUGUCUGGCGCUCCAGAUGACACUCUGAAGAAACUGAAGCUGCAGAGGGACUUCAGCAAGUACAACUACCUGAGCCUGGACUCGGCCGUGGUCAACGGGCUGGACGAUGCGGCGUCUUUCCGGACCGUGAGGAAUGCCAUGCAGAUCGUGGGCUUCCAGGAGGACGAGGUGCAGUCGGUGCUGGAGCUGGUGGCGGCCGUGCUGAAGCUGGGCAACAUCGAGUUCAAGCCCGAGUCGCGCGUCAACGGGCUGGACGAGAGCCGCGUCAAGGACAAGAACGACCUGAAGGAGAUGUGCGAGCUGCUGGGGACCGAGCAGUCGGUGCUGGAGAGAGCCUUCAGCUACCGCACCGUGGAGGCCAAGGUGGAGAAGGUGUCCACCACCCUCAACGUGGCCCAGGCGUAUUACGCCCGCGAUGCGCUCGCCAAGAACCUGUACAGUCGUCUGUUCAGCUGGUUGGUGAACCGGAUCAACGAGAGCAUCAAGGCUCAAACCAAAACACGCAAGAAGGUGAUGGGAGUCCUGGACAUUUACGGCUUUGAAAUUUUUGAGGACAACAGCUUUGAGCAGUUCAUCAUCAACUACUGCAACGAGAAGCUGCAGCAGAUCUUCAUCGAGCUGACGCUCCGCGAAGAGCAGGAGGAGUACAUCCGCGAGGGGAUCGAGUGGACCAACAUUGACUAUUUCAACAAUGCCAUCAUCUGCGAUCUCAUUGAAAAUCAUCAGAACGGGAUCCUGGCCAUGCUGGACGAGGAGUGCCUCCGGCCGGGAACGGUGACGGACGACACCUUCCUGGACAAGCUGAACACCGUCUGCGCUGAGCACCUGCACUUCGAGAGCCGCCUGAGCAAGAACUCCAAGUUCCUGACCGACCACAGCCUGCCCCACAGCUGCUUCCGCAUCCAGCACUACGCCGGCAAGGUGCUGUACCGUGUGGAGGGUUUCAUGGACAAGAACAACGACCUGCUGUACCGGGACCUGUCCCAGGCCAUGUACAAGGCCAACCACAGCCUGAUGAAGCUUCUGUUCCCCGAGGGAAACCCAGCCAAGGUUAACCUGAAAAGGCCCCCCACUGCUGGCUGCCAGUUCAAGGCCUCGGUUGGCACUCUCAUGAAGAACCUCCAGACCAAGAACCCCAACUACAUCAGAUGCAUCAAGCCCAACGACAAGAAGGCGGCGCACAUCUUCACGGACUCGCUGGUGUGUCACCAGGCGCGCUACCUGGGCCUGAUGGAGAACGUGAGGGUGCGCCGGGCCGGCUACGCCUUCCGACAGGCGUACGAGGCCUGCCUGGAGCGCUACAAGAUGCUCUGCAAGCAGACCUGGCCUCACUGGAGGGGCCCGGCCAGGGAGGGAGUGGAGGUGCUUCUGAGUGAUCUGCAGGUCCCAUCUGAGGAGUUUGCUUACGGCCGCUCAAAGAUCUUCAUCAGGAACCCCAGAACGCUCUUCACCCUGGAGGAGAAGAGGAGGCGGUGCCUGCAGGACCUGGCCACCCUCAUCCAGAAGAUCUACCGCGGCUGGAAGUGCCGAACCCGUUUCCUGCUCAUGAAGCGCAGCCAGGUGGUGGUGGCGGCCUGGUACCGUCGAUACGCGCAACAAAAGAAAUACCAGCAGAUCAAGAGUUCCACGAUUGUGAUGCAGUCAUUCAUCAGGGGAUGGAAGGCCCGAAAGAUCCUCCGUGAGCUGAAGUACCAGAAGCGUUGUAAGGAGGCGGUGACCACCAUCGCAGCCUACUGGCACGGGACCCAGGCGAGGAGGGAACUUCGGCGUCUAAAGGAGGAGGCUCGUAAUAAACACGCAGUCUCUGUCAUUUGGGCCUUCUGGCAGGGGACCAAGGCGAGGAGGGAACUGCGGCACCUAAAGGAGCAGGCCCGGAACAAGCACGCGGUCUCAGUCAUUUGGGCCUCCUGGCAGGGGACCAAGGCACGCAGGGAGCUGAGGCGGCUGAAGGAAGAAGCCAGGCGUAAGCACGCCGUUGCUGUCAUUUGGGCCUACUGGUUGGGACUGAAGGUCCGUCGGGAGUACCGCAAGUUCUUCAGGGCCCACGCCGGCAAGAAGAUCUACAACUUCACCAUCCAGAGGAUUAUCCAGAAAUACUUCCUCGGCCUGAAAGAGAAGAUGCCCUCCAUGUCACCCAUCGACAAGACCUGGCCCGUCCGGCCCUACGGCUUCCUGGACCAGGCCGACAAGGAGCUGAAGAGGAUCUUCCAUCUGUGGAGGUGUAAGAAGUACCGAGGCCAGUUCACGGAGCAGAAGAAGGCCGUCUAUGAGGAGAAGCUGGAGGCCAGCGAGAUCUUCAAGGGCAAGAAGGCCCUGUACCCCAGCAGCGUGGCCCAGCCAUUCAAAGGAGACUACCUGGAGAUAAACAAGAACCCCAAGUACCAGAAACUCAACAGCCUGGUGGAGGAGAAGGCCAUCCUGGCAGACGUGGUCAACAAGAUCAACCGGGCUAACGGCAAGGGAGCUCCUCGCAUUUUCCUCCUGACCAAGAGUAACUUUGUCCUGGCCGACCAGAAGUCGGGCCAGGUCAAGGCUAGCGUGCCACUUGCGGACCUGACCAGCGUGUCGGUCAGCAGCCAAAGCGACGGCUUCUUUGCCCUCCGCCUAAAAGAGGGCACUGCUUCAGCCUCCAAAGGGGACUUCCUGUUGAGCAGUGAUCGUCUGAUCGAGAUCGUCACCAAGCUGCACCGCACUGGUGGAGCUGCUGCAGGGAGGGAGCAGGUCACUGUAGACAUCUCGGACGAGUUCCUUGUGCAGUUCAACCAGGAUAAGGUGUGCGUCAAGUUCAUCCCAGGGGGACCCAAGAACGGAAACAGCGUUUCCUGCAAACGCAAAAACAACCGACUGCUGGAGGUGUCCGUUCCAUCUCCAUAGCGACGUCUCAACAGCCCCCCCCUCCCUGCCUUAUCCCCCCCCCCCCCCCCUUGCCGCCCUGUGCCAACGCUGGGACUUCAACCACCCCUCAUCCACCCCUGAUUACUGUGCAAUUCCUUCUUUCUUCUGAUUUGAAAUCAUGAAAUCAUAUUGCCAUCUCCUUCUGCGCUGCCAUGCCAUUAAUGGGACAUCCCCCCCCCCUCCCCACCCAACCGAAGACCAGGACCAGCAUGCCAUGGGGGAGGCGGGACUUAAGGAGGAAUGGGCUUUUCCAAAAAAAAAAAAGAAAGGACAUUGUUUUGCUCUUUUUGUUUUAAAGUUGGGGUGAUUACAGUUUGCUUCCUCGUUUGGGGCACAAAAGGUUUUCCAGUUUGAUGAUAAUGAUGUUGAUUUGUCACAGUGAUGAUGGUGGUAUUAGUCAUGUUAUUUCCCAGCAUGCACAUGUGAUUCUGCCCUACGGUACAGCCCACUGUACCGUCGCCAUUUUGUUGUGUUUUAAGCCUUAACAAAUGGGCUUUUGGGCACGAGUGUGGGAAUCCAAACAGAGCAGAAUAAGAAAAAAAGGAAAUUUGUGGAGGGAAGUUGGUGUUUUAAAUUUUUUAGAGAUGACCGGUAGAAGGUUACAAACUGAAUUAUGGCACUUGUUGUACUCUCCAGCGUUUAUAGAGCGGCGGAUUGUAAUUAAUUUUCGCUUCGCUGUGGGCUAUUGCUACUCUUGCACACGGCGCAGACAUCCUGACGAUAGAUUUCACUCAAGAUUUGUAUCAUGGUUCCGUGUUCGUUUUCUUUGUCCUUGAUGCCAUUCUUUUAGUCACUCAUGCCAUGUUGAGCCUGUUGGCGCGCUAAACAGGGCCAGAAAAUACAGAGGACCCCGUCAAAGCCAAAAAACUAAUAAUAAUUACUCCAUUACAAAGAAGUGUCCUCUUCCAUUUCUCUGGUAGGAAUGCCAAAAAAAAUUUUUUUUGAAUGCCCAUCUGAUACCUUCUGCACUCAAUCAACGCUCCAAUUCACGCGGAUAAAUCGUGUGAGCGUACAUUCAUUAUAUUUUUUUAAUUUUUUUGUUAUUUUAUUUACCUCAAAUUUGCCUCUCAAUACAGUGUCCUGGUUGUGUGGAUAUGACUGGGGUUACAGACAAAGGCAAAAAGACUUAGUAGUGACAGGAAGUCGGGAGGCACAGCGCCGCAGGAGAUUUUCGUAGUGGCUUCUACGUGGAGCUGCAACGUGUACUUCCAACGCGUUGAGGAAUCCUUUAAUUGGAAUGCCAUACGGGCGUGGAUGCCUUUCCGUCGCCACACAAAAAAAGACAAACUUAAACCACAGCUCUAUCUGGCUACACUGUAGAGUAUACCUCACCGUGCGCUCAUAAGCAAUUCAGACUUCCUUUUCCAUUUUCGUAUACGUCAUUAAACUGAUGACCGUCAAUCGUACGAAGGCUUAUCCACUCCCAAGGAAGCGUGUUUGGGUGACCUCUCUCGUUAGCUGGUUGUAUCGCGGUGAUCUAUAGGUCUCUCUCAUCAGAAUGUGGGGCUGUUGUAUUUUUAGGUGCUCGGCAGAGACUAAUAAUAUUUUGUGUUUUCCUUGGGCCGGAUCCGAGCUGCUUAGUGCGAACGGUUAUGUGCCUGUGUCAACAACGAGUCAGUCCACCAAUACGGCUUUGCGCUUUGCUCCGCAAAUUUUAUGUGCAGUAUAAAUACACAACCGUCAUGCGUCACUGCUCUGAAAAGUGAUUGUUAUAUAUUGAAGUAUAUUUAAUAUGGUAUUCCUUUCGGAUAUUUUAUCGUUAUUUUUUCUUCUUUUUUUGUACUUGAUUUCAUGAAAAAUUACUAGUUCUCUGAUGCUAUGGAAACAUACAGUACAGCCAAGCCGUUCCCGAACGAAUUCUUCGCUUCUGCCGGUGUAGCGAGAUUUUCUGACGAUGUUCUUAAAUUUUAAACUUUUCUUUGUUUGUUAUAAUUCAACUGAAAACUGGUAAAAUCAAGAGGAGUAUUUUCUACAAGGAGAUGUAAAGAAAGGUCGAGCUUAGUCAAAUACCUUUUUCACUUUUGAUUCCCAAACAGUUUGAAAAUUGCAAUGCUGUAAGCUAAUUAUGACCUAUUUUCUCUCCUGUGUAUUUGAGAUUUUUAAAAAGAAAGAAAAUGUUGUAUGCAUUCUUGUUGUGUGCCUAAUGUAACCUGUAUUGCAAGACAGAGAACAUGGAAAUGUUUCGAUAGAGUUGUGUAACAAAUUGCAAUUAAUCAUUUUUUAAAUUAAACAAAGCAGGUAAUAAA